AUGGCAUCCCUCCCGCCGCUCGCACUGAAGACGCGCGACAAGCCCCUCCACCGCCAGCUGAGCAUGGCGCCGUCGCGCAUGGACAUCGUGCCGGAGAAGAUCGUCAUGUUCACCGACGCCGGGACGGACCUCGACGACGAGAUGGCCAUGAUCUUCGCGCGCUACCUCAUCGAGUUCAACUUCAUCGACCUGCUGGGCGUCGUCUCCGUGCUCCACCCGUCCUUCAAGCGCGCGCAGCUCGCGCGGGGCACCAUGGACAUGAUCGGCCUCCACGCCGUGCCCGUGGCCUUCGGCACGGACGGCGGCGACGUCGCGGGCCGCAACGAGGCGCCGGACGCGGCGUCGUUCUCCUACAUGCCCCCGGACGGCUCCGAGCGGUCCUUCUCCCUGGAGACGGGGCGGACGCUGCUCUACCGCAUCCUCGUCGCCGCGGAGCCCAAGUCCGUCGGCGUCGUCGUCAUCGCGUCGCUCAAGGACGCCGCGCUCUUCCUCCGCGACAACGAGGCGCUCUUCGCGGCCAAGGUCAAGGAGGUGAGCAUCAUGGGCGGCGUCACGGCGGCGAGCGUGGACCGGGGCGGCCUGCUGGAGCCGGACACGGCGCACAACAACGUCUUCGACGCGACGGCGGCCGCGUUCUUCUACCGGCGCUGCCAGGAGCUCGGCGUGCGCCUGGUAAUCGUCGGCCGCGACGCGGCCUACCAGGUGCCCAUCACGCGGCGCGUCUACGAGGGCCUGGCCCACACGGGCAGCCCCAUCGGCUGGCGCCUGCGGAACGCGCAGCGGACGUCGAUCGAGGCGUUGCGCCGCGCGGCGUCGGAGGGCGACGCGCGCGCGGGGCUGCCGGCGCGCUGCGACGCCGCGUGGUUCAAGGCGACGUUCUGCGGCGGGGAUGGCGGCGUGGACGACCGCGGCGCCGGGGACCCCAUCUGGGAUCUGGUGAAGUCGUUCAACAUGUACGACACCUUGGCGCUCAUCGCCGCCGUGCCGCUCCUCCGGGACCUGCUCUUCGACCCGGUGGCCGUCGACGAGAACGACGGCUUCGCGAGCCCGGAGGCGAAGGCCGAAUGCGCGUCGCUGCUGCGCGCGGCCUACGCGACGGGCCUGGUGCUGGACCACCACGCCAAGUCGCAGAUCGUCGUGACCAUGCAGGUCCAGCCGAACAAGGCCGACGAGUUCAUGGGCCUGGCGCUGCUGAGAGCGCUCAUCGAGCUCCAGGCCGUCGACCUGCUGGGCAUCGUGCUCACGUCCGAGGAGCGGUUCGGCGAGGUGACGACGCUGGAGGCCGCGGCCGCGCGGACGCGCGCGACGCUCAACGCCCUGGGCCUGCACAACACGCGCGUGCUGGUGCAGCACGCGUCGAAGCGGGCCUGCCAGCUCGAGGAGCUCUACGCGCGCGCGCCGCAGACGGGCGUGCGCCUCGUCGUCAUCCACUCGCAGACGGACGCCGCGGACUUCGCGUCGCGGUCGCCGGAGCUCUUCCGCGAGAAGACGCUGGGCGCCGUCGUCAUGGGCGGCGUCGUGGCCACGGGCCUGGGCGUGGAGGACGACGGCGUCGUCCCCUGCGCGGCGCUCGUCCCCGACGCGGACGCGUCGAACAACCGCGCGGACGAGGUCGCGGCGACGUUCUUCACGGCGCGGUGCCAGGCGCUGGGCGUGCCCAUGACCGUCAUCUCGAGGCACCUGGCCCUGGCCUGCCGCCUGCCGAGGAGCGUCUACGACGCGCUCGGCGCGCGCGGCGGGCCCGUCGGCGCGUCGGUCUGCGACGCGCAGCGCGCGUCCAUCGAGCAUUUGUGGCGCCAGGUGCACCUGCCCGCGGGCCACCGCGACCGCCAGCGCAAGCUCGCGGACCGCUGCGACGCGACCUGGUUCCGCGACACGUUCUGCGGCGACGACGACGCGCUCGUCGACCCGCCGCCGUCGCCGAGCAGCCCGUCGACGCCGCGGACGCCGCGGCGGUCGCGCGACGCGCCGCCGCUGCCGCCGGCGUCCGAGGACGUCUGGCCCUACGUGUCGAGCUUCAACGUCUACACGCCCCUCGCGCUGCUCGCCGCGGUGCCGCGCAUCGCGGCCCACUUCUACGACACGCGGCGCUACGACGUCCGCGGCACGACGCACGACGUCGUCGGGUCCACGCAGGCGGACCCGGGCGCGCGCGACGUCACGGAGCUCCGGCUCUUCCUGUGCCGCCUCAUCUUCAAGGGCGUCCUCAUGAACGCGUCCCACUUCCCGGACGACCCGCCGUCGUUCGCGAUCGACGGCGUCGGCACCGUCGACCUCGACGACGCGGUCCCGGACUGCGUCGACCUCCACCACGAGCGCCUCGUCGCGAAGCAGGAGACCAUCUCCAAGACCAUCCUCGCGCGCAUCCUCGCCCUCAAGUCGCCCAAGUAA